AUGGCCUUCGGAAAGCUCUACGGUCCUGAACCCUCUGCCAACGGUCGCACCCUCGCCGUCUUGGUCGCUGCUAAGCACAACGACCUCGACCUCGAGUUGGUCAAGACUGAGGCUAACAGCAGCGCUGCUUUCAACCAGACUGCUGAGUACCGCAAGAUCCACCCCCUUGGCAAGAUCCCUUCCUUUGAGGGUGCCAAUGGCUUCACCCUCUCUGAGGCUAUUGCCAUCGCCAUCUAUGUCACCUCCCAGAACGAGAAGACUACCCUCCUUGGAAAGACCAAGCAGGACUACGCUUCCAUCGUCUCUUGGUUGUCCUUUGCCAACUCUGAGGUCCUCCCCCGCCUUUCUGCCUGGUACCGCCCCCUCCUUGGCCUCGACGGCUACAACAAGAAGGUCGUCGAUGAGGCUCAGAAGAAUGCCCUGAAGACCGUCGCUGUCUGGGAGACCCGCCUGACCGAGAACACCUACCUCGUCGGUGAGCGCAUCACCCUGGCUGAUCUCUUCUCCGCCGCCCUCGUUGUCCGCGCCUUUGGCACCGUCCUGGACAAGUCCUUCCGCGACGCCCACCCCGCUGUCGCUCGCUGGUUCAACACCAUUGUUAACCAGGAGUCCUUCAAGGCCGUCCUCCCCAACGUCGUCCUGACCGAGGAGGCUGUCAAGUACACUCCCCCCAAGAAGGAGAAGGAGGCUAAGCCCGCCCCCAAGUUCACCCCCGCCACUGAGGAGGACGAGCCCGCCCCUGAGAAGAAGGCCAAGCACCCUCUUGAGGCUCUUGGCAAGCCUACCCUUGUCAUCGAUGAGUGGAAGCGCCAGUACUCCAACGAGGACACCCGUCCCGUUGCCCUCCCCUGGUUCUGGAAGAACUUCAACGCCGAGGAGUACUCCCUCUGGAAGGUUGACUACAAGUACAACGAGGAGCUCAAGCUCACCUUCAUGGCCACCAACCUGAUCGGUGGUUUCCACGCCCGUCUUGAGGCUUCCCGCAAGUUCCUCUUCGGUGCCCAGGCUGUCUAUGGUGCCAACUACGCCUGUGUCAUCAAGGGUGUCUUCUUGGUCCGCGGCCAGGAGUUCAAGCCUGCCUUCGAUGUCGCUCCCGACUGGGAGAGCUACGAAUUCACCAAGCUCGACCACACCUCCGAGUCUGACCGCAAGUACGUCGAUGACAUGUGGGCCUGGGAUGUUCCUGCCAUCGUUGACGGCAAGGAGCUCCUCUUCGCUGACGGCCAUGUCUUCAAAUAA